UUUUUAACUUGCUUUUUGUUCUUUGAUUCAAAAUUUUGCACCUAAUAUAGCGAUAUUUUACUUGAUUUUGUGUUUAUUGGCGUUUAGAUCUAUGAUUUUCAAUAUUAGGUUAAUUUGUAAAUUUUAGAUUGCGGUAGAAUUCGAAAUUUGUAAUGCUUUUUAUAUGUUCUUGUGUUUGAUAAACUCUGAUUCAUUUUGAUAAAAAAAAACUUAUUUGCAGCUUAUAUGAUUGAUAUUUUCAGCUUAUUUGCAGUUUAUAGAUCUGGAUUAAGUUCAUGUCUAGAUAAAAAACUUAUUUGCAGCUUAUAGCAUAAGUGCUUAUCAUAAUAAGCACUUAUUUAUAAGCAUAAGCUAUUUUUAUACCGAAAGUAAUAUUGCAUGAGAUGUCAACUGGUUGCAUUUGUGAGUUUCAACCGACAAAGACAAAUGUCGGUUUGGGUCGUUUGUGCAACUGGGUUCACAGUUGACCCGUACACAUGAACACCUCUAGCUCUAGGUAUAUAUUUUGACUUUCACUUUUCUUGUCUUACAAAAUCAGCACGCGAAGCUGCCUCAGCACCUCCACACUCUCCGCCAUCUGAUCAAUUCCAAUUUUACCCUUCCUGUCACCGCCUCUCUUAAUCCUCACUUUCGGUUAAUCGAUUUCACAGCGCAAUGGUGAAAUCAUACAAACAAGAACACGUAUAUAACCAUCCAUGGGAACGAGUAACCUCAGCAUCAUGGCAAAAAUUCACCGACGCUGAAAACAAGCGUGUUUUACCACACAUUCUAGAUUGCAAUACAUUGAACACAAGCCUUGAUUCAUCCUCCGGGAAGCUGUACGCGACGCGCGCUAUAACCGUUCGUUGUCCGUGGCUGGUACGAAGGAUUAUCGGGGAAGACAUUUGUCAUUGUGUUGAAUCAACAGUUGUGGAUGCAAAAUCGCGUUCGAUGCAGAUUUGUUAUAGGAAAAUUAGUAUGGAGAAGUUUAUUGAAGUGGAAGAAAAGACUAGGUAUGAUCCACAUCCGGAUAAUCCGAAUGGAUGGACUGUUUGUCAGCAGGAGACGAGGAUUCGGAUUAAGCCGUUGUCUGCUUUGGCUUCUAUGGCGGAGAAAGUUGAGCAGAGGUGUGCUGAUAGAUUUCUUCAGAAUAGUGCUAAGAGUAGAGAUGUUAUGGAGAGGAUUUGCAAAUAUCUUGAGGCUGAGUCUAGCUCAUUUUCUUUAUGAUUGUUUCUGAUAUAACUUCGGAUUUCAAUUCUCUGCAGACAAACCAAGAUCAGUUGACUCAUAUUACUCUCUAGUCUCCUGUUAGUGUUUGUUACUUAUUCUAAAGCAUUGAUUAUGAUUACAGACACUGUUUUAAUAUAUUGGUAGUCGGAGGUGUAAGUGAUUAUAUGUGAUGGCUUAUCAGGUAUUUUUGAGAGAGUGUUUAUCUGGUUUUUUGUAUAACUUUGACAAUAAAUGUUAGUUUGUUUUC